UCUUUCUUCAUUGCUCAUGGAGGGCGACUUGACGAUACAGCCUCAAAAAAAAGUGACGUUGCAAGAUAAACAAAACGAGGAGCAGCAGCCUGGACGGAGGCGGAGGGGCACCUUAUUGCAACCUGGCAUUUUUUAACAGAUAUAUCCUGAACAAUGCAGUCUUCCAAGCGGAGUGAGAGCGACUGGCAGGGGCUUGUCAGCGAGUUCCUGGUGUGCAAGCGCAAGCUGGAGAGCAAGAAAGAGGCCCUCCUCAUCCUGUCCAAGGAGCUGGACACGUGUCAACAGGAAAGAGACCAGUACAAGCUGAUGGCCAACCAGCUGAGGGAGCGCCAUCAGGGACUCAAGAAAAAGUACAGGGAACUUAUUGAUGGAGACACCUCUUUGCCACCAGAAAAACGCAACCAAGUGAACCUGGCUCAGCUGCUGAGAGACUCAAGGGAUCGAGCAAAACAGCUCGCUGAAGAGGUGAAGGAGCUGACACAGAGGCUGGCGGAGGCCCAGGGGGAUAACAAGCUCUUGAGGAUGACUAUUACUAGACAGAGGCUGGGGGAUGAAGAGGUGGGGGCACGUCAUUUCCCUGCACAUGAGCGGGAGGAUCUCGUCCACCAGCUGGAGAGAGCGGGACUCCAGAUGGAGGAAAUGGAGCACAACAUGAAGGCUCUGACAGACGAGCUGCAGGACGUGAAGGCAGAGCGGAAUGUGUUCAGAGAGAAAGCGUACCGAGUCAACGUGGAGCUCAACCACAUUUUGGGCAACCAUGAGGCACGCAUCAUCGAUGUGGAUGCCCUCUGCAUGGAGAACAGGUAUUUGCAUGAGCGUUUUGGCCAGUUACAAGAAGAGGUGAACCUGCUGAAAUCCAACAUCAUGAAGUACAAGACGGCUCUUGAGAGGAGGAAAAACUCCAGCACAUAUGGGAAAUCAAACAGCAGCCCUCUCACUGGAGUCCUCUCAGCCAAACAAGUCCAAGGAAUGCUUCUGGAAGAGCAGGGCUGCAGUCUGCCAGCCACGCCUCAGUCCAUAUCCGACCUCAAGUCCCUGGCCACAGCUCUGCUGGAGACCAUCCAUGAAAAGAACCUGGUCAUCCAGCACCAGAGGCACACCAACAGGAUCUUGGGAAACAGAGUUGCAGAUUUGGAAAGGAAGCUGAAGACCUUGGAGGUCUCAGGAUUGUGGAGUCUUCCAGGUACACGAGAAAACAUCACGCUGAAUGCAAACCUUCAACCAGAGCUUCAUCCAACACGUGUCACAUCUCUGCCCGUAGUGCUGUCACCCAAAGCUGUGUCAGACAACAGAAGUUCCCAUGAAUCAUUGUGGGAAAGCCACACCGCUGGCAUCAACCUUGGCACAGAUGGCAUCAGCGGGGAAGACUCACCUGCACUUCUCAACAGCCUGCAGCCCCUCGUGGGUGUAGAGACAAAUGGGAUUGACAGCAGUUUUGGAGAAAUCGUGACCCUGGCUGAAGAUGGAGGCUCCAUAGGGCUGGAGGAGGGGCGGAGUCCUGUGGAGGAGGCGGGGCAUGAGGUAGACGGAGUUGAGGUUGAGGAACUGGGGUCCACAGUGGAGGAAGGUGAGGAAGCAGCUCUGGCGUUAGGUGUCCCAAACACUGAAUCGGACUUUCCAUGGCUUCAAAUGAAAAAAGACUGUAUUGAUCAUCUAGAGGUGAGUCAACGGCCAUGCGUGUCCCGGGACUAUAAGGUAUCUGAACAUGUAGAAACCUCAACACCAGCUUCAGAGAGCCGGACCACAGAGGUGUCGAAUACAGGGGAGUUGGACUUUCACUGUCAAUCUGCUGAGAAACACCUGACAUUGUGACCACUUGUCAUGAUCUCACAUCACUAAAAGACUGAAGUCGCCUAUUUCAAUCCCUCUCUUGCUCAUUUCUUAUCAAUAAUUGCAUUAAUCGCUCUUUGUACUUCUCUCACAAUGUACCUGCAGCCACUCUGUUUUUGUCAGUGAAACAGAAAGCACUUUUCCAGCCACCAUUCACAGAGCUGGAGUUGCACUUUUUUUGUAUCCAGACAGGCUUUUCUUUUUUUUCAUGCAACAGCCAAUUUUGAAAUCAAUCGAGUUGCAAACUUCAUCCCCUGAAGGACGAAUUUAGCUCAAAAAAUAAUAAAUAUGGCAGCUCAAACGUUUCCCCUGUGUUGAGAUAAUCCCAACUGUUUGCUUUUUCCUUUUUCCUUGGGGAUGCCAAGAACGUCAGUGCUGCAUUUGGUGAUUAAUCUCACAGGGGUUCAAUUUGGCUUGUAAUGAAUGUGUUGUACAUGUGUGUAAGUUCUUACUAUUAACAUAAGAGAGUCUAUUGAUAUCUAUUUAUCUGGAUGGAUGAAUCUUACAAAUCGGAUGCUCUUUAGUUUUCUCAUCUCGAAGCUGAUGUUGGACUGAGACUAAUUGUGCCUUGUUCUUUAUAAAUAUGACUACAUGUACCUGC